AUGGAGGGCCGGUCUGGUGCCUCUUCGCUCCGAUAUUUGUCGGGCACCUCAUCAUUCGAGCCUCUCCGACCGCCAUCGCCAGAGUCCCUCGGCAAGCCAACCGGGCCCAAAACCUAUACCCGAAGCCGAAAAUGGCUCCGUCGUCUCGUACUCCUCUCCGUGGUCUGCGGCACCAUUUACGCCGUGGACAGCCGCUUCUACGCCUCUAGCCUAACGCGCACCUUUCGGACCUUUGGAACGGGUGCCCUCGUCGCCGUCGACUAUAAGCUCAACUUCCGCCCGCAGCCCGUCACCGGCGGCACGAUCCAGGAUGUACACCGCCGCAGCGCCGAGCGUCUGUUCGAGCUGCUGCGCACCAACGGCGGGCUGUACCUCAAGAUGGGUCAAGCUAUCGCGAUGCAGAGUGCCGUGCUUCCGCCCGAAUUCCAGCGCAUGUUUUCGCGCAUGUUUGACGACGCUCCACAGGACGAGUGGAGCGAUGUCGAGGCGGUAAUCCGGGAAGAUUUCGGGAAAGGAGCGGAAGAGGUGUUUGGUGUCAGCUUCACCGGAGAAGAAGGGAAGGGUCUCAUGGAGAGGAGAGCUAGGGCGAGUGCUAGUGUGGCGCAGGUCCACUGGGCAAGGCUAGCAGAUGGCAGAGAGGUCGCGAUCAAGGUGCAGAAGCGCGAGAUUUCCAAGCAAAUAUCGUGGGAUCUUUGGGCGUUCAAAGCCGUCACACGAAUCUUUAGCUACUGGUUCGAUUUGCCCUUUUACACCAUGAUACCCUUCAUCACAGAGCGCUUAGAAUUGGAAACCGACUUUGUGAACGAAGCGAAGAAUUCGGAGACCAUGAAGAAGCUUGUCGCUGGGGAACCCGCGUUGCGAGAGCGUGUCUACGUACCCAUCGUCUACCCAGAAUUCACGACGCGGAGAGUGCUCGUCACUGAGUGGAUCGAAGGUGUCCGGCUCACGCUUCAAGCCCCUGACGUGGACAGGGCACGGCGCGAACUCCGUCAGAGGCCUCUGUACGAACAGCUCAAGCCGGAGAGACUAGAGUGGAAGGGUAAAAGGGGCAAGGGUGGGCUUGGGGUGAGCUCGAAAGAAGUAAUGAGGACCAUGGUGGAUUUAUUCUCGGCACAGAUAUUCAAGUGGGGUGUGGUGCACUGCGACCCUCAUCCGGGCAACAUUUUCAUCCGGCGGAAGCCCAAUGGCAAGGCGCAGCUCGUGCUCAUCGACCACGGUCUCUACGUUUACAUGAACCCCGGCUUCCGGCAACAGUAUAGUCUAUUUUGGAAGUCACUCAUGACCUUUGACCAGAAGACGAUUGUCGACAUCACCGAACAGUGGGGCAUCAGAGCAUCGGAGGUGUUUGCGAGCGCCACACUGAUGCGGCCGUACGAGGGCGAGGAGACCAAGAAAUUCAUCAAGCAGCUCGAGGGCAAGUCGGCCUCGGAGAAGCAAUUCUUGGUGCACCAGAAAAUGAAGGCGAGUCUCAAAGACUUCCUCACGGACGAGGACAAGUGGCCCAAGGAACUCAUCUUCAUCGGCCGCAACAUGCGCAUCGUGCAGGGGAACAACCAGUACCUCGGCUCCCCCGUGAACCGCAUCAAGCUGAUGGGCGAGUGGGCGAGCAGCAGCCUCUACACAGAUCCCGACCUUCCGCUGCGGCGGAGGUUGGUUAACGCGUGGAAGCACCUGCUCUUCAAGACGGUCCUCGCCGCCACCGACGUUGCCUUUUAUUUCUUCAGGCUCCGGCAGCUGCUGGGCUGGGGAGGGGGCAUGGAGGAUGAAGUUGAUCGGCACAUGAGGGACAUGGCUCACGGGUUUGGCGUGGAGAUUCAAGAGGAUGUUUUUGCUGGGUAA